AUGUCUGCAUCUCAUGCAUCCACUUCUGGCACUCUGAAUCCCGGAAGCCAUUACCGACCUCUGAAGCUGAGCCUUGCAACUAUUUCCUGCACAUUGGCAAUGGCUGGAUCGCGCGUCCGUGCAAUCAUCUCUCAAUAUCAGAUGGAAGCUGCCAACAAUGGUCUAUCUGCUGACCGGAUAAAGUAUUUUAAAGCCGGGCUGCAAUGGGAGAUGAAUCUUAAUGUUGAGGAUGAUGCUUUGGUACUUCCAGAGAAGUUGAAAAACACUUCGACUCCACCACUCAUGGGACUGAGAUUCAUCAAAGAACGCAUGGAAGCAUUGCUGGAGGAGCAAGAUCAGGGCAUCGAAGCUAAGAUGGGAGAGGUGAAGAUGUACACUGACAUGUUAGAGAAAUUGAGGAAAGGCAAAGGAGUGUAG